AAGACGCAACAAAACCCAGAGCCCCCGUCCGGCCUCCCCAGAUGCCUCUCGUUCCGGGCGGCUCUCCCAGGCACACUCAGAACCACAGGGCACGGCGGGAGCUCAGCCACUGUUUGCAGAGCCUGUGGCCGGCCGCAGGGUCUGUCGAGAGUUCAGCUCUGUUUCGGGGAUUUCAGAGGGCCCAUGCUUGACUCCCCCCACCCUCUCUCGCGAGCUAAGCCUGUUGCUCGCUACCACAGUCAUCGGAGGCCAUCCUUGGUGUGCCACCUGUCCCGAGUUUGCAGAAACCUCGUCUUCUCCGCGUGCCUCCUGUGCCUGUGUCUUGAGGCUCUUUCCAGAGUCUUUUUUCAGAACCUGGCUUUCUAGAGGGUCUGUCCCUACUUCCCCGGGUCCAAGAUUUGCUGUCACGGCAGACGCUGCCCUGCGCGUAGAACCUCUCCCUGUCUGCGGAGUUUGCCUGGGGUCCUCGUCUGGGAUGCCUCUUUGUGCCUGAAGACAUUGUUCCUGUGUGCAGAGCUUUGUUUGCAGUGCCCGUCCCUGUCAGCAGACCUUGUUUCCUCUGCAGUCUGUCUCUAGACCAUGCCCCUGUUUGCAGAGGCUUUUCUUAUUUCAGAGUCCGGUUCCGUCUGCCAAACCUGAGCCCUAUUUGUGCAGCCUCUGACAUUUUGGGGGGGGCCUCUAGCCGUUUGCACACCCCAUCUGAAUUUCCCUGGAUAAAAACUGUACCUGCUUGUAAGAGCCAUUCCUAUGAAGACUUAUCGCUGUCAGAGGUCACUGUGUCUAUCUGUGUCUCUCUGCAGAGCACAUUCCCGUUUGCAGAGCCUAUCCUGUCUGCACACUCUAUUCCUAAUUCUACGUGUAACUGUUAGCAGAAUGUGCCUCUACUCACAGAGCCUUUAUCUGUUGCCAGAAUUCAUCUUUUUCUAUGAGGUCUGUCCCUGUUUGCAGAACCUGGGCUCCCUACACACCCCAGCCCUGUUUCAAGAUCUUGCCCAAGUCUGGGACACCCGUGCUUGAACGCAAAGCUGAUUUCCCUGCCAGCUCACUUCAGCACACCCUGCCUCUCUGAAAAGCUGUCGCUGUUAACAGAACCCGUCUGUUUGCAGAGCACUGUCGGCUUACAAAACCUCUCCCGAUCUGCCAAGUCUCUGUGUGUAGAGCCUCCGUCUGCAGAGCCUGUGUCUUUUGUCAGAGUCUGGAUCUCUUUGCAGCAUUCAUGAUGGUUUGCCCAGCCUGUUCCCAUCUCCCUGUAUGCAGGAUUUGGGUCUGUUUUGCAAGGCUGUUCCUGCUUGCAGAGUCGGACCAUGCCUAGAGAUGUUUUGCUUACUUCAAGAGACUGCCUCUGUCUGGGCAGAUGCUGUGCUGUUUGCAGAGCCUUGCGUAUCUGUACCUGUCCGCUUCUGCCGUCUGUCCCUUAUAUAAAGGAUACCUACCUUAAGGGUUUGUCCCCACCCACAUUGACAAAGUCUUUCCCCACCUGCAAAGUUCCUCCACGCCUGCGGAAUCGGGAGCUGUUCGUAGAGUCUUUUUUGUGUUCACGACCUUCGCUUGUUUGCCCGGCUGCUUGUUUCUCUGACUUUCCCUGGAUAGAGUUGGUGUCUCUUUGUUCAGGCUGUCCUUACACAGACGGUUGGUCCCUGACUACAGAACUCAUUUUUGCCAAGAGACCCUGUGCUUGUUGUAUCCCUUUCUUCAGUCUGAGGAAGUUGUCCCUGUUUGCAGAGCCUAUGCUUGUAUGCAGAGCCUUUUUCUGUCCGCAUAGCCUAUCACUCUCUGAGGGUGCCGCGUCUCUGUGCAUAGCCUGUCCCUGACUGCCUGGAAGACCCAGGCCUAUUGGCAGCUCUGUCCCUCAACGCAGAGCCUGUCUUUGGCUGCAGGAUUCAGUCGAAUACCAGGAGUCUGUGUGCAGGGUCUACCCCUGGCUGCAGAAUCCGUUCUGUUCCCAGCACAACCUUUGCCCGUCAGCAUAACCUGCCUCUGUCUCCAGUGACUGCCCCUGACUGCAGAUCUCGUCUGUCUGCACAGCCUGUUUCUCACUGCUUGCUUGCAGAGGUCCCUAUGUUCAAGACCCAUCCCUGCCCACAGAGCUUGGCCCUGUUUCAGGAGCACGACCACAGACGACGAACCUGUUCCCUGUUUGCAAAGCCUCUGUGCCGGGGUCUGUCCUGCUUUGCUGCCGUUUGUGACUUGAGAGCCCCCCGAAUGAAAGGCCUGUUCUAUGAUGACAGCGCUUUGGAGAGCUGCAGGUGGGGAGGGUUCUUGCCUGGAGCCCAGAGCACAGGUGGCCGGGGGCCUGAGGACUCUGGCUCUUGUUUCUUCCCUCUUUCCACCCGGCCUAGGAUGGACGUCAACAAGGGCCUCCCAGCCAUUGAGAGCCGCAGGGACCUCCACGUAUGGAUCAUCGAGAGGGUCAUGGAGGGUAGGUGGCUGGGGGACGGUCCUGCUGAGCUGUCACUAGGCACCCUCCUCUCCCAGAACCUGAGGAUGGCGCCAGUCCCCGAGAAGGCUUAUGGGAACUUCUUCGAGGAGCACUGCUACAUCGUCCUCCAUGUUUCCCAGAGCCUCAAGGCCACGCAGGGGGCGUGCAGCGACCUGCACUACUGGACGGGGAAGGAGGCGGGCGCCGAGGCGCAGGACGCGGCCGAAGCCUUCGUGCAGCAGCUGCAGGAGACGCUGGGUGGCGCCACCGUGCAGCACCGGGAGGCCCAGGGCCACGAGUCCGACUGUUUCCGCAGCUACUUCCGCUCGGGAAUCAUCUACAGGAGAGGGGGCCUGGCCUCUGCCCUCACGCACGUGGAGACCAACCUGUACAACAUCCAGCGACUGCUGCACGUCCAGGGGAGGAAGCACGUGUCGGCCGCCGAGGUGGAGCUCUCUUGGAGCAGCUUUAAUAAGGGGGACAUCUUCCUGCUGGACCUGGGCAAGGUGAUGAUCCAGUGGAAUGGGCCUGAGACCAGCAUUCCUGAGAAGGCACGGGGCCUGGCCCUGACCUGCAGCCUCCGGGACAGGGAGCGCGGUGGUCGCGCACAGAUUGGCGUGGUGGAUGAUGAAGUUGAAGCCACUGACCUCAUGCGGAUCAUGGAAGCCGUGCUGGGCUGCAGAGUGGGCAACCUGCCUGCCACCAGGCCCGACAAGAGUGUUAACCAGCUGCAGAAAGCCAGCGUCCGUCUCUACCAUGUCUGUGAAAAGGAUGAGGACUUGGUGAUCCAGGAGUUGGCGACCUGCCCACUAACCCAAGACCUACUGCGGGAAGAGGACUACUAUAUCCUGGACCAGGGUGGUUUCAAGAUCUACGUGUGGCAGGGACGCCUGUCCAGCCUCCAAGAGAAAAAGGCUGCCUUCAGCCGGGCUCUGGGCUUCAUCCAGGCCAAAGGCUACCCGACCUACACCAACGUGGAGGUGGUGAACGACGGCGCCGAGUCGGCCUCGUUUAAACAGCUCUUCCAGUCUUGGUCUACCAAGCAGCGCGGGAACAAGAACUUCGGCAGGCUAAGUAAAUCGAUUCAGGUAAGGCCGGAUGUGGGCAAGCUGCAGAGUCAGCCUGAGCUAGCUGCCCAGCUCAGGAUGGUGGACGACGCUUCCGGGAAGGUGGAGGUGUGGUGCAUCCAGGACUUAGGCAGACAGCCCGUGGACCCCAAGCGUCAUGCACAGCUGUGUGCAGGCAACUGCUACCUCGUCCUCUACACCUACCAGAGGAUGGGCCACGUCCAGUAUAUCCUGUACCUGUGGCGGGGCCACCGCGCCACCACGCGUGAUGUCAAAGCCCUGAACUGCAAUGCCGAGGAGCUGGACCUCGUGUACCGGGGAGCCCUGGUGCAGGAGCACGUGACCAUGGGCAGCGAGCCCCCUCACUUCCUCGCCAUCUUCCAGGGCCAGCUGGUGGUCUUCCAGGGGCACACGGGGCACGAUGCGAAGGAACAGCCAGCACCUGCCACAAGGCUCUUCCACGUGCAAGGCACCGAGAGCUGCAACACCAGGACCGUGGAGGUACCAGCCCGCGCCUCAGCCCUCAACUCCCAUGACAUCUUCUUGCUGGUCACAGCUAGCGUCUGCUACCUCUGGUUUGGAAAGGGCUGCAGCGGUGACCAGCGAGAGAUGGCGCGGACGGCGGUCUCUGCCGUCUCUGGGGAGAACAAGGAAACGGUGCUGGAGGGUCAGGAGCCUCCCGGCUUCUGGGAGGCCCUGGGAGGCCCGGCUCCCUACCCCGGCAACAAGAGGCUCCCCGAGGACGUCUCCGGCUUCCAGCCCCGACUGUUUGAGUGCUCCAGCCACGCGGGCCACCUGGUCCUCACGGAAAUGGUGUUCUUUAGUCAAGAGGACCUGGACAAGUAUGACAUCAUGUUACUGGACACCUGGCAGGAGAUCUUCCUGUGGCUCGGGGAAGCUGCCAGCAAGUGGAAGGAGGAGGCGGUGGACUGGGGCCAGGAGUACCUGAAGACCCACCCGGCAGGGAGGAGCCCCGCCACGCCUAUCGUGGUGAUCAAGCAGGGCCAUGAGCCCCCCACCUUCACUGGAUGGUUCCUCGCGUGGGACCCCUACAAGUGGACUAACGACCAGUCCUACAAGGAGGUGGUGGAUGGCAGCCUGGGAGCAAUGCCAGCCAUAUGUGAGAUAACAGCAGAACUCAACGACUUCCAGCUGCCUAGAGGGCCAAGCAAUGGUGGGGCAGACCCUUUGACCCUGCAGACCCUCAAGGGCUCCCAGGACGGCUCAGGGAAUGAGCUGCAGCCAGGACCCAAGGCAGGUGACGCCAGCACCAACAGCCACCACAGCAGCCCCAGACCCACCAUCAAUGGGAGCCUGCCCCGCGAACGGCUAAUGCAUCGGGCUGUUGAGGACCUGCCAGAGGGUGUGGACCCGGCCCGCAAGGAGUUCUAUCUCUCAGACUCUGACUUCCAAGAGAUCUUUGGGAAGUCCAAGGAAGAAUUCUAUAGCAUGGCCAAGUGGAGGCAGCAGCAGGAGAAGCAGCAGCUUGGCUUCUUCUGAACCCAGGCCCUGCCCGUGUCGGUGCCACUAACGUAGCCAGGACCCCCAGGGGUGCCUUCCCAGCACGCACCUGAGCCCCCGGGGACACCCCGCUGGCAUUCCCCCGUCAAUAAAAGUCUGUGGCCCUCACAA